GACUCUGGGCCCCCGAGACCCUCAAACACCUGAGCCCCCUGGGCCACCGAGACCUCAGAGCCCCCUGCGCCCCCCCCCCCCCAAACCCCGCACCCCAAACUCGCGUGCCCUCAGACCCCUGCAACCCCAGGCAGGUCCCAUGGGUGCCCCCACAGACCCCUGUCUCUGGGGCGGGCUGUGGGGUGACGUUGGGGUGGGGCAGGGGGACGCCCUCCCCGCUGCGUGCCCCGCCCACCGCAGGCCCCCCAGGAGGGCGGGCACGGGGUGCCGGGGCGCAUCUCCUGCGGCGGGGCCUGGAGCAGACAGCAGUGGUGGCUGCGGAGACAUGGCGGGUGCCCCCCCAAAACGGGGUGCCCCGCUCCCCCUCCUCCUCUGCCUCCUCCCAGGGUACCUCUGCCGGGCGUCCACCACGGCGUGCAAGGGGGGCGAGUGCACGGUGCCCUCGCCGCCAGCCCCCUCCCGGCUGUCCACCAGCCCCCUGACCGUGGAGAGCAACAGCAGCGUGGCGGCCCGCUGCUCCCCCGGGGCGGUGACGGUGGAGGCCGGCCCCACGUCCCGCACCGCCACCGUGGGGGACCACCUCAGCCUGGAGUGCCUGUUCCAGGCCCCCGGGGACGCCCGGGUGACCUGGUACCAGGUGUGCCCCCGCCACAACUGCAGCCAGCCCCGCGCCCUGGUCGAGGCCAGCCAGGCCGGCCGCCAGCUGCGGCACGAGGAGGGUCGCGCCACCCUCACCUUCCUCCACCUCACGCACAACGACAGCGGGCUCUACUACUGCCGGGUGGAGGCCAGCCAGGCCGCCGGGCAGUCCUGCGGCACCUUCCUGCGGGUGCGCGACCCCACGGCUGUGCCCUUCCUCAACAUCAAGGAGUCCACCAAGAACCGGAUCAUCACAGCCGAGGGCAUCCUGCUGCUGCUCUGUGCCGUGGGGCCUGGCCUCUUCCUCCUCUUCAGGAAACGGUGGGCCAACGAGCGGCUACUGCAAAUGAAGAAGAACGCCUACGAGGAGGAGAACCUCUACGAGGGGCUGAACCUGGACGAGUGCUCCAUGUACGAGGACAUCUCGCGGGGACUGCAGCCCACCUACCAGGACGUGGGCAGCCUCAAUGCCGCCGACGCACAGCUGGAGAAGCCCUGAGGGGCGAGGGUCCGGCGGGACCCCUGCCCCCUGUGCUGCCCCCCCGCCCCUGCAGGCUUCGCUUUGUUAGCACGAGGCUCGCUUGGCAUGGCCCUCCCGCCCCAAUAAAGCUAACGAGCUGCUGGGUGGGGUCUGUGUGGUGUGGAGGGGGCCGUGCUCCAGCCGAGGGAAACCACCCCCCCCCCCCCCCCCUCUGCCUCCCCCCAACCCCAGCUGCGCCGGUAGAGGUAUUAAUAAAACAUUUGUCGGGAGCAUAAACAGAGUGCGGGAGAGAGGCAGCGAGCGUGAAGCUGCCUCCACUUCCUGCCAGCC